AUGAGCCUAUCGAAGGCCAUUGGGGUAAUUAGCGGCAUCAAUGAAUUUGGUAAUUUGUUCCAAGUGGUCAGAUCUGCUGUCUCAUUUAUGCUCUCGCACUUGAGUGGACCAGAGGAGAAAAAACUUAAAGAAGAUGAUGUCCUGCAGUUGCAAAGUGAUCUUCGAUGUCUACGUGAUACUCUACCAGCAAUGUACAACCUCAUAGAUCGAGCAGAAUGGAGGAGCCAUGUACCUUGUGUGGAACAGCUCCUUCCCCAUCUGAAGGAUGCGGUGUAUGAUGCAGAGGACCUUCUGGACGAGUUCGAAUGGUACGAGCUGAAGUUGAAAAUUGAGGGCAAUGCAACCCAGCUUUCUCCUUUCAUUGACUUCUUUCACAACGUCACUCACGGAAGCUUCAACAAAGUUGUCGAUGUCCACAAAAGGCUAAGUAAUCUUUCUAGGCAGAUUGAGAAUAUGGGCUUGCAUGAGGCAACUCCACGGUUUGACAAAUUACUUAGGCCAGUGACCACUUCUUUCCGCACCGAGCCAAAGAUAUUUGGUCGUGACAAGGAACUGGAGGAAGUGAUGAGAUUGCUUGGUGUACCGAACUAUUGUACCCUGUCGUCUUCAAAACGGAAGAGAUCCUCUAAUGCAGCAAGCAACAAACCAAGGAUAACAUCUGUUCCUGUUUUGCCAGUAGUUGGAAUAGGGGGUGUUGGAAAAACUACUCUGGUCCAGCAGAUCACCACACUUCAAAGGGUCAAAUCCCACUUUGACAAAAUCAUAUGGAUUUGCGUGUCCGAUGAAUUUGAUGUGGAGAGGUUUACUAAAGUUCUCAUAAAAUCUCUAUCAGGCGAAGAGGCAACGGCCAACAAUUUAGAUGAUCUUCAACAGGAUCUUGUUGAAAGAGUGCAGGAAAAAAGGUUCUUGAUCAUCCUUGAUGACAUUUGGCCAGAUGCCUUGAAGGAGGACGGGCGGUGUUGGAGGAAAUUUUGUGCACCUCUCACAAAUGUACUUCAGGGAAGUAUGUUGUUGGUGACAACUAGGUUUGCAGAGGUUGCUGAUUUAGUGGGCACAAUGGACUCUUUUGCAUUGGAAGGCUUGAAAGAUGAUGCAUUUUGGAAUUUUUUCAUGCUUUGUGUGUUCGGGUCUGAGGAUUCUCACAUUGAUCCGCAGUUAGAACUAAUUGGUAGAAGCAUACUUCCCAAGUUGAAGGGCACUCCUUUAGCUGCGAAAACUAUUGGAAGGCUAUUACGAAAGAGUCGCAACACUGCACACUGGAAUGAUAUACUAAACAAUGAACUGUGGCAGAUUGAACAAAAGGAGACAGACAUUUUGCCAGCUCUUCGGUUGAGUUAUAUGUAUUUACCAUUCCAUUUGAAAAGAUGCUUCUCGUUUUGCGCUGUAUACCCCAAAGAUUAUAAUUUUCAAAUGGGCAGUCUAGCUGAAAUUUGGGUGGCAGAAGGCUUUGUUGAACCUCAAGGUAGCAUUCCGCUGCAACACAUUGUUUCAAAGGAGGAAUGCUUCAUUGUGAAGAAUGCAAAUGACGUUGAAAAUGUUCCUCAAAGUGUUCGCCAUCUAUCAAUACUAUCAACCAGUCACGUUAAGCCAGCAGGCAUACAGAGCCUAUGGAAGCACACAAAGCUGCGCACCCUACUUUGCAACAAUUACCUGACGAGUAGCAUUCCUACUUCAGUGAUGGACCGUUGGUUUACUGAGCUUAAAUGCUUGCGUGUUGCCUCCAUGUGUACAUUACCACAGAGCAUUGGUAACCAGAAGCAUCUCCGGUACCUUGAAAUCUCUGGAUAUGGCCUUGCCAACAGCCUUCCUUCAUCAUUCUGUAGCCUAUAUAACCUGCAGAUUUUAUAUGCUACGACAUGCACAAUUAAUGAAUUACCAAGAAGCUUCAAUAAGCUGAUCAAUCUGCAAAAGUUCAAAUCAAAUUUUCCUAUAAAAGUGGAAAUUGAUGCUGCAGAGUGGGGAGAGAAAAUUGGGUUGAUAAACAAUUUUAAUCAAACUACAACAGAUUUGAUUAUAUACAAUCUUGGUGCAAUAAGUAAGGAUCAUGCCGCGGAAGCCGAACUUAAGAAAAAGAUACAUCUCAAUAGCCUUACUCUAGGAUGGUCAUCUUUGAUAUGUCCAGAGCACAAUGAGACAGAUGUGAUUGAAGCCCUACAUCCUCCCACCAACAUCAAGUCUGUGUACCUCAAUGGUUAUCCAGGUGAAUGUCUUCCAAGUUUGUUUGCUGAUUUAGCUGCGGUGACAGUGGACAAUAAUAAUGGAAUUGACAAGGCCCAGGGGACAGAGAACCCAUAUCGCUCCACCUUGAUGAUGAUGAAAAAUAAUUCAUAG